CUUCAAUGACGUUUCUUUUGAAGGUUAUGUUAACUGUCUGUUUGCAAACAAUCAAUACUGGGCCAAAGUACACUAAAUAGACCUUUAAUUACAUUUGAAACCCCUUUAAAUUGUAUUUUUAAUAAAAUAAUUUGAUUAUUUUGACAUGGCAGACUUUAAAAGCGGUUUACCACCGGGGUGGGACUGCAAAUGGGACGAGAGAGCUGGGCAAUACUACUUCAUAAACCACCAUUCGAAAAUGACCACUUGGGAGGACCCGAGGAUGAAAUACAGGGGCACCCCCAAGAGGGCCGCAGAGUAUAUCCCUUUGCAGCACAAUUCACCGGAAGUGAGGAGAAACUACGUUUACCCCAGCCAAUCGCCUCCCAUUCAGGCAUUUCAGAUGAAUGCCAAAUCAAUUCCUUUACAGGACCUUAAGGCCCCGACCAGGAGCCCCUUGACUUUAAGAGGGGCCAAAGUGCAAGACAGCACCUUCACCACCGAGACUGAGGACGCAGUGGCGAAAAUCAGCGCCAUGUUCCCCACAGUCUCGGAAACUCACAUAAAACUGCUGUUGAAAAAAUAUUUGAACCGGGAGGCGUUGGUGAUCAGCGCCCUCCAGGUGGAAAAGUACCCGAUUACCACCCCGGGGCCCUUCGCCACCCCUCCACCCCAGAGGAAUAUCGUUGUUAAGGGGCAGACGAGGACGACAGGGAGCCCCCUUAUGGGGGGCUUCGCUUUGGGCGUGAGGAGUUCCCCGAAGCCCCAUUCGUCUCCGAAGUUGAAAUUAAGGUACAUGAAGUCCAUAUUCCCGAACGCCGACGAGACCGUAAUCCUGGAAUGUUUGCAAAACAACGAGAACAGCAUCCAGAAGACUUCGGACACCCUCCGGGAGAUGGGGUACAGUAAAAAAGACACCGUCAAACCCCCGGAAACUCCCAAACCGGAGUCGAAAACCGAAGGGACGACUUCGAAAGUGGCGGUGGAGGCGGCAAAAGCGACGCCCUCACCCGCCCCCAAACGGGCCUCCAGUGAGGACAAACAAACCAUGAAAAAGAAGCUGCAAGAGCAAUACGCCGAUGUGCCGGAACACCUCAUCUCCAUCGCCCUGGAAAGUGUGAAUUUCAACGAAGACAGGGCCCGUCAAAUCCUCACUAUAAUGAAACAGGAGGACGUGGCAAGCGCGCAACAAAAACCCCCCAAAGAAGCGCCCGCCGCGGCGAGUCCCCCCCCGGCCCCAUUGUUGUUGCCCGUCAGCCAGAGCCGUCAAUCGAUCAAAUCCCUCUUGAAAACCGAGAAAAAGGACGAACUCGACGGUUUCAAGAGGGUGUUGGGGGUCGAACGGGGGGCCUACAGGUCCGCGAACAUCGGCGACACCUUGGGCCACGACGCGAAACUGUGCAAGGGCCCCAACGAGAAGUUACUCCUGGAGAACUAUAUUCAAUGGCAAGGAUCAAACGGGGCUCUCCAGAAGGGCCCUCAGGGCUUCGCCAAGGGUCCCAACAAGGGGCUGUUGUGCCAAAAGGCUUACGCCCCUUGUGGGCCCAAUGCGGAUCUCCGGAAGGGUCCCGGAGGACGUUUCGGGGAGAAUCUCGUCAAAUAGCGCCCGGGAGGACGAUGGGACACUAUUUAAAUAUAAUAGUUUGCAUUCUAGUCGUGUAGUUUUUAUUUUAUGCAGUUUAUAUAAAUUAGGGCCGUCCCAAGGAAACUCUGAUCAAUCGACUUAUAUUUUUCUAAAAUAAAUUAUAUUUUUGUGUCAAAGUUUUAAAGAGAGCACCUAUUAUUAUAUUGCAAUCGCUUUUAAAUGUUGUGUAGUGUUUACGGCUUGUAAUAUGCAAGAGGGCCCCAUAAAAAAAAAAAUGUAACAGGGGCCCUUUGUAUACAGUUUUUUGUGCUUUAAAUGUCCACUUUAGAGUCAAUAAAUAUGAUACUUAACGCA